AUGUUUAGUGCGAAGGUACUCACAAUACUUCUGAUGGUGGAGCGACAAUAUGCAGACGCGCAGGAUGUCGAUUAUUCACAAUUCGUGAAUCCGUCCAUAGGGACUGAGGGCGCUAUACCAGGCUAUGCAUAUGGAGGUGGCGACGUCUUCGUCGGUGGUGCAGUUCCCUUUGGCAUGGUGAAACUAGGCAUCGACAGCUACGAAGAGCCUAUCAAUCAAAGCGCGCUGAAUGGCGGAUAUACACCCCAAGGUCAUGUCACGGGUAUCAGCCUGUUGCAUCAAUCCGGAACGGGAGGUGGACCGAAAUACGGGUAUCCUUCUCAGAUGCCGCUUACAAGAAUUGACAGCGAUGUCAACUUGCUGGAUAAUCGCACAUAUUGGCAAGAUCGCGUCGGUGAAGAUGCAGCUUCAGUGGGCUACUUUCGAACAGAGUUUGAAUCAGGUGUACAAGUUGAGUUGUCAGCUUCGCGACACGCAGGACUGUAUCACUACACAUACCCAUCAACUUCAGAGAAACACGUACUUGUGGAUCUAUCCCACUACCUCCCACAUCCAACACGAUCCUGGGACUCUCAGUUUUACACAGGCGGCGAAAUCGAGAUUCAGCCGAAUUCCAGCAUCUACACUGGCUAUACCUCCAUUGCUGGGGGAUGGAACAUUGGCGCACCAGUCACCGUCUACGUAUGUGGAGAGUUUGAUAGCGUACCCGAUGAGGCGAAGGCAUUUAAAGGCCGAAACACAUUCCCUGUGAGUCGUCAUUUUCGGACGUUCAACAACGGUACAACGCCGCAACCCACAUUUACUGGUAACACUGCUCGCUCGGGGCCCAUGAACGACCGUAUUGGCGCGCUCUUUACUUGGAGCAACGCCAAUGAGAUCAAGUCCCGAGUUGGAAUAUCCUUUAUAUCGGUGGAUAAAGCUUGCGCAUACAAGAACGUUGAGCUGUCAACUUGGUCCAUCGAAGACACUGCUCAGGCAGCGCGUGACGAAUGGAACCGCGACGUGUUUUCCAAAAUACGGGUUGACACAUCUGAGCGCGCAAAUAGGACGCGACUUGCGCUGUUGUAUUCAAGCCUGUACUUCAUGCACCUUAUUCCAAGUGAGCGGAUAGGCGAGAACCCAUUAUGGGAGUCUGAUGAGCCGUCUUGGGAUGACUUUUACACGAUGUGGGACCUUUUCCGAAACCAAGUCUCGCUAUGGCAUCUCAUUCAGCCAAGUUACUACGAAUCGAUGGUCAGGUCCUUGAUUGAUAUAUUCAAGAAUGAAGGAUACUUACCUGACGGGCGGUCUGGAAACUACAAUGGGCUGGUACAAGGAGGAUCAAAUGCCGACAAUGUUCUUGCUGACGCUUACGUCAAAGGGCUGAGGGGUAUGAUCAAUUGGACCGAGGGCUAUGCAGCAGUCAAGAAAGAUGCCGAUGUUCUGCCUUUCUUCGACCAAAAUCCCGUUGAUCCACAAGGGUCUCUCAAGGAGGGUCGGUCAGCGCUCGACGAUUGGAUACCACUCGGUUACGUUUCAGCAGACCGGAAUACGCGCGCAGUAUCGAAAACGGUAGAAUAUUCGCUCAAUGAUUUUGCUGUAAGUCAGAUUGCAGCAGGCGAAGCGCCUGGUGACCAGGACUUCUACUUGCGGAGGUCGUCAGGCUGGCAAUUGAGCUGGGACCCCGAAGCAUCGAGUCGCAACUUUACUGGCUUUGUUAUGCCACGAUAUGCGAACGGUACUUUUCAUAAAACUUAUAACAUCACCAAUUGCGGCGAAUGUAAUUGGCAGGAUGAAAGUUAUGAGGGAACUGCAUUUGAAUACUCAUUCGUCAUCCCUCAUGACGUAUCACGCAUGAUUACCCUCAUGGGCGGUCCGUCGCACUUUGAAGAGCGACUCGACUACGUCUUUCAAUCAAACACGUCUGGCGUCGAUCUAGGUGUCAAUGGACUCGGUAUCACGACUAUUAAUAAUGUUGCCAACGAGCCGGACUUCCAAACGCCGUACCUUUACAAUUACCUUAACAAGCAGUGGAAGAGUGUAGAAAGGUCGCGCCAACUCGCUAAUGACUUCUACUUCAAUACCACAAACGGCAUACCUGGAAAUAGUGAUGCUGGCGCGUUGAAUUGUUGGUUGGUUUGGCAAAUGAUGGGCUUGUAUCCAAUCGUUACCACACCCGUGUAUCUUCUCGAGAGUCCUUGGUUUUCUGAUAUCAACAUCACAGUAAACUAUGACAAGACUCUUAGAAUCCGAGCUGAAGGAUUGGAUGAUGGAGAUGGGAGGCAAGGAUACUAUGUGCAGAGUGUUAGUGUCAACGGUCGAAAGUGGAAUAAGAAUUGGUUCGAGCAUGAAGAUGCCGGUGGCAUUAUGACAGAGGGUGGAGAGAUUUUGUUUGCGCUGGGCCAUGAACAGACGGUAUGGGAAACCGGCGAUGUACCGCCGAGCCCGGGUCAUCAGGAAGUUGAUAUUAAGAGCGGCAUGUGA